GAGCGACAUUCGAGAAAGUCAUGAAAAGUUGCUUCGGUUUAUAGAGAAUAUGGACCUUGACUCAUCCGAUGCAGACAGUGAUGUUCGGGAGUUGAUUCUGUUCGUUGAACGAAAUCCAUUACAAAGAUUGCACACAUUCAUGGAGGAUGUAACAACAAAAUUACCAGCUGGAAAUCCUGUACAACUUCUCCUGUUCGGCAAGACUGGUCACGGCAAGAGUUCCAGCGGAAACAGUAUCCUACUGGAGAAAGUUUUCCAGAGCUCCGACAGCUCGCAAUCUAUGACCCAACACGCCAUGUUAAACUACAAGUUAAUCGAUAACAGGUUGAUCAAUGUCAUCGAUACCCAAGGGGUGCUCGACACCGGGCUGGACAUUCAAGACAGGUCAAAUCUUGACUUAGCCGUUCGAUCAGUUAGCGAAGGUAUAAAUUUAUGCCGAGACGGGUUUCAUGCAUUGGUUUUGGUGUUGACAAUAGAUAGUAGAUUCACAGAUGGAGAAAAACAAGUUUUUGAGCUGAUAAGGAAUGUACUGGGCAAAGAUGUGAUUAAAUUACACGGCAUUCUUCUGUUUACUAAAGCCGACACCCGCAUGGAUAAAAUACCGUUUAGCGAAUGGUUAAAAAUGAAACACGAUUCUGCUUUUGAACAACUCAUACAGGAAUGCAAUUAUCGGUGCGUUUUAUUUGAUAAUAAAACUGAAGACCCAAAGAAAAUGAAACUGCAGCUAAUUAAAUUAAUUAAUUUGGUAGACAGUUUAAACGGCGCUGUUUAUUUAAAUGAGAUAUUCGAUGCAGCAGAAAAUUGUCGUUUGGAGUGUGUGCAUAAAAACCCGCUGUUGAACAAAGUGUACGUCAAUGCACUAAGGACGAUUGAGUGUGCAGCAAAGUUUAUCACGCAAGAAAAAGACAAUGCAAAGAAUUACCAAGAUCAGCUGCUCCUAGAUCUCAGCGUGGAAAUAAAGAAAUUUAGCAGCAAUGUGAAGAAGGCACCGAGUGAAACACUGAAAAAAAUUGUUGUGAGUUUAGCUUCAGUUAGAGCGAUGGUUAAAAAAUAUAUGCGGAGUAGUCAAUUUGCAACCUUAGACGUAGAAGAGUUCGAACCAUGCUACAAAUUAAUCGUCCAAUCAGAAGAACAUUGCGUUGCUUUGUUACGCGACGACAAUUUUGAAACUCUCAAAUCUAUCGCUCGUUUACUAGGGGAACUGUUAAAAGGAAACAGAGAACUAAGCGAAGGAUGCAAAAAUAUGUUACAUCAAACUCGCGUUGCUUUGAACGAGUUUUUUACCAUUUUCCCCACAACUAAAAGCAAAGAGCUGCAGGUUUUAUUGAAAUCCUUUUCAAAUUUUAAUGAACAAGUCAAUGAAGUCUUGUCUACUGGGAGAUUGCUGCUGCUGAAAACUCAAGCGUGCCAGGAGGUUGAAAGAAUUAUAGACAGAUUUAAAAACGCGGAACAGGAAAUGGAUGCCAAGGUUUUGCCUUACGUCAUAGCGGCGGUCAACGAAAAAAAAUGUUUCCCUGGCAACGCUCUUGUGUUGUUGGACACAGGGAAAUUUAAAAUGUUGAAGGAUUUACAAGUGGGAGAACGGGUGUUAGCUAGAGACGGUGCGGGGCGUUUAGUGUUUGACGAGGUUUAUAUGUUCGGUCACAGGCAGAUUUCGGCUUACGGUUUGUUUACAAAGAUUUACACGGAAAAUCAUGCCGUUUCCGUCACGGAAAACCAUUUUGUUUUCGUGGUCAACGAAUGCGGAGAAAGUUGUGUUCCUGCUAGAGAUGUAAAAGUCGGUGAUUUUGUGCUCGUGUCCUCUGGCAAAUUUCUAAAAAUCUCAAGAGUAACUAAAAUUACUCACGUGUAUGAAGAAGGACUGUACGCACCUUUCACCAAAACUGGAACUGUUGUUGUCGACGGUGUGCUGACGUCAUGCUACAUCGACGUCCUGCCGCACGACACCUGCCAUCGACUUUUGUGGCCGGUUCGACUGUUGUACCGAGUCUCGCCUGCCGCUCUGGAUACCAUCAAUGGGGUUUCUCAGUCGACGUGUGUGCCGUGGUGGGCCUCAGCUGCUGCCAAGUUCUUGAAGUAAUGGCAGCUUAAAUGUCAACUCAAAAACUAA